UGUGCCAUCUACUCUGAAACCACUGUAGAUGUUUGGAGGCUUCUCAGUUCGAAGAACUUUCAGGCUUGUGGGCACAGGGUGAUGUAUGCGGCCACCUCGCCUCAAGAUCACACAUGGACAUUUUUUGGACUUCAAUCGCUUACAUAUUUACCCAGACACAUGCAGAUCUACUUUAUGCUCCUUCUGUACGGCUCAAGUUCAGUUUAAAGCUGCGGCAAUCGAACUAACGCCAUGGAGUUGCGGCGAAGCCAGGCAUCCAUCCUCAGCGGCAUCGUGCUUUGUGCAUUGGUGUCGUUGAGUUUUCAGGCAUUCGUUCAUGUGGUUCAGCCGCGGAGUGUGCCGAAGACAGCCAUGAGGGUCAAGGUCUUCGACUUCCCCUUCCUCAACAACCAGCCAGAGCAGGACCCAGAUGAGGCCGGCACGCGAGCUGCACGGCAACCAGAAGAUAGUAGCCGUGUGGUGGAAGUGAACAUGCCCUUGGGCAUUGAGUUUGAGGAGCGUGAAGGAGGUGACAUCUACAUCAAAUCUGUGGACAAGUCCAGCGAUGCAUAUGCCCAAGGAGUGCGGAGUGGAGCUCAGUUAGUGAUGAUCAGCGCCACAUUCGGAGAUGAAAUGUGGAGCACUCGGGGUGUGGGUCUAAAACAGUUUAUCACAGUGGUGAACUCUCGCUUCGGCGGUACCACCAAGCUUGCCUUGGAGAAAGAAGACCAGAACGUCAUCCAAGCCUUCAUGGAGGCCUUUGCACCUGCUCCCGCUCCUCAAAUGGACGAGAAAAAGCAAAACGACUUAGAGAAGAUCUUCGACGAGGAGGAGGAAAAGCUCAAGAACGGCCCUGGGAUGUGGAAUCCCUUCCGAUGAGCAGACAGUCGUUGGUUUUCCCGCCAUGUUCCCGGACAGUUCACCUCAUUUUCGGCGCGACGCGCCCGCAAGACAA